AUGCGCCAGGAGAUCCUCCCACGGUUGGCGGAGAAAACACGCGGUAGAAACGCACCGGCUCCGUCGACGACAACCGAGGAGGUGAAAACGGAGCAGAGAGCACCGGCCAGGUCGCCUUAUGGCAGUCCCUGCAAUGAAACAGAACCGAAAAGCGGAGGCAUUCUCUCCUCCCCCGACACCUCAGUAGCCUUGGCUGUGGAGUUCUGGAGUCCUGACGGACUCGGCAAACAGAACUCAGAGUGUCGUCCUGCCAAGUACGCGACAACCUUAGUUAGCUCAGCUCAGGGACCCAAAUUCCAUGUACGCAAUCAGAUCCUGCGAACAGUCAAUCUCCACCGACAAUCCACCCUCUCCGAAGUUGUGGAAGAAUGCUUCUCCGGAGGAGCAAUCAUGCAAUCACCGACAGUUCCCCCUCCCCCUCCUCCGCUAGACGGCAUGGAGGCGUCUAGCCGUCCCGAUUCCACAAGCGAGACAGAACCUCGCAUUCCAAUCAACGGUUCCGUCCUCAGCACUGACCAAUCUAUUCCCCGCCAAGACCAAAUCCUACCCCGAACCCUGGUGACCAAUGAUUCAAAGGAACUUGCUCGCCACAUUAGUUCGCUCGGUGUCAAGGAAGGCCAGAGCUUUGUGAUCAUCCCCUGUCUCGUGUCAGCACUUUCUGACGCUGUCAGUGUAAGUACACGUGCAAAUUUAAAUUGA